GCGCCUGCGUAGUCGGCGACUGCGCUCCCAGACCUAACGAGCUCAAUUCACUCACUGACCUCAGGAGGAAGAGACAGCGAGAAAGAUGCAGAGGUGAGGGUCUUAAAGUGGCCUUGAGUCAGUUUCCCAAAGACUGGGUCGAGACUCUCAGCUUUGAAUUUUUAAUCUGAUCCAGACAUGAAGUCUUCACCCAGGAUUAGCCUGUAGCUGCUCUCACCUUCACGUCUCAUUCUCCUGAGGACUCCAGAGGCUGCGGGCGUUUAACAAGAGACUAGAGAAGGACUAGUUUCCAGACAGCUCCUGCUCCAAAUUUUCCUUUUUUGCCUCUUCACUCUCCAAUGCCAGAAUGCGCACUACAAUGCACCCGGUUCUCAACAUGUAUGAGAUCGUCCCCAUGGCUCCUGGGUCUGGGGGAGAACGAAGAGCCAGGAGAUCCAGUGGUUCACCGCAACUGAAGGUCAAGAAGAAGCUAUCAGAAGAAAGCCGGCCCCUGGUGAUGGCUGGGAUGUUGGGCUGUGCUUUAGUGCUAGCCGCUGUGGUCGCUUGGUGCUACUACUCAGCAUCUCUGCGUAAAGCUCACAUGCUGAGGACGGAGUUACUGGACCUCAACAAGGACGGCUUUGUCAUUCGUAACCAGGCAGGCAACGUCGUCUUCACCAUAGUCUUCAGGUCUGGUACUCUGGAGCUGGACUCCUGCUCAAAGGAGGGAAGUGUUCUGACCUGCACUCAGUCCACUUCUGGACAGCUCAACUUCUUUAUUCAGACGGUUCGACCAAAGGACACUGUGAUGUGUUAUCGCGUUCGCUGGGAGGAGCUGGAGGACAAAGAGUGGGUGGAGCACAGCAUGGCCUACAAUGACUCCCAUUGGUACGGUGGGGCAGAAACAGCAACACAACACUGGCCCAUGAAGAUUCAGGGUGAGGAGGAGCCACGGCCUUUCAUCACCAGUGACGUCUACGUCAAUAGAAACGCUUUCGGUGGAAUCUUAGAACGCUAUUGGCUGUCGUCCAACGCGACUGCCAUCAAGAUCAAUGACUCCGUACCUUUUCACCUGGGCUGGUCAGAGAAGGACAGGACGCUCAGGUUUCACGCUCGGUACCAGGACUCUCCAUUCAUGGCGCCACUGGGACACCAGGCCUUACCUGAGCUCAGCUACCGAGUGUGUGUCGGCUCAGAUGUUACAUCAAUUCACAAAUACAUGGUGCGUCGGUAUUUUCCAAAGCCGACCAAAGUCCCGUCGCCUGAAGUGUUCAAACAUCCGAUAUGGUCCACGUGGGCUCUGUACAAAGCGUCGAUAACUCAGGAGAAGCUGCUGCAUUACGCCUCUGAAAUCACCAAUCACGGCUUCACGUGCUCUCACCUGGAGCUUGACGACCGCUACACCGCUGAUUACGGAGAGUUCGACUUCGACCCUCAGAAAUUUCCCAACGCCAGUGGAAUGUUUGAGAAACUCAAGGAGGACGGUUUCCAGGUGUCUCUGUGGACACACCCCUUCAUCAACUACGACUCCAUCAACUUUGGAGUUGCUGUGGAGAAGGGACUGUUUGUCCGGGAGCCCAGUGGUGAACUGCCAGCUCUGGUACGUUGGUGGAAUGGUAUCGGAGGAAUCUUGGAUUUUACCAACCCGGAAGCUUGUGAGUGGUUCUCCUCCCAUCUACAAACACUUAAAUCCCACUAUGACGUGACCUCCUUCAAGUUCGAUGCAGGGGAGACGAGUUACCUCCCCCAGAAGUUCAGCACCUUCGUCCCACUUUCUGACCCCUCCACCUUCACCCGCUACUACGCAGCUAUGGCCACGCCUUACAGUGAGCGUGCAGAGCUCAGGGUAGGUUUCCAGAGUCAGAACAUCUCCUGCUUCUCCAGAAUCAUCGACAGAGACUCGGUGUGGGGCUACGAGCUCGGCCUCAAGUCCAUCAUUCCAACUGUUCUCACCAUUAGCGUUCUGGGCUACCAGUUUGUCCUUCCUGAUAUGAUUGGUGGGAAUGCGUAUCCCAACCACACUGAAGGUGGUUCAAAUACGAUCAAGGGUCUUCCCGACAGAGAGCUGUACAUCCGAUGGCUGGAGCUGUCGGCGUUCAUGCCUGUCAUGCAGUUCUCCAUACCACCAUGGGCGUACGACGACGAGGUGGUGCAGAUAGCGCAGAAGUUCACACAGCUCCACAAAACCCUGGUCGCUCCGAGAGUCCUCGAACUGGCUGGCGAAGUCCUGGACACAGGCGACCCAAUCAUUCGGCCCCUGUGGUGGAUCGCCAAUGGCGACGACGCGGCCUACAAGAUCGACUCCCAGUUUCUGAUCGGCGACGAUCUAAUUGUCGCUCCGGUCUUAGAGCCAGGAAAACAGGAAAGAGAUAUUUACCUGCCGGCAGGAAGGUGGCGCAGCCACGAUGGGAAACUUUUUGAUAAAGGCCCCAUGUACCUCCCUAACUACCGCGUGAAACUGGAUGAGGUUGCUUACUUCACGUGGGUCCACUGAAGAUAAAUGAUACACACCUUUACCGUAUGGACAUGUACAUUUUGAAGAGCACACAGAACGGUGAGAAGGGACAUUUGUUUUCUGUCCACGGAGGAUCUGUUGCCACAACAACAGCGUGUGAUUUCAGUGAAGAUUAAUCCAGUGUUUCCUUCCCUUUCAUUCCUGGCUCUCGUUUAUAGUGUGUAGACACAGGACUCGGCCUUGGAAGGGUGUCAGCCAGCCAUGUGAUGUUUAGACAUGUAGAACUUCAAAACUUGAUCAACUUGAUUUUUGUGUCUUCACUGUUUUUAUCCCUUGUUUGCACUAGUCAUGCCAUAUGAGACGGGGCUGUUUUUGAGUCAGAGAGAGAGUGUUUUCCAUCCGUCAACUGAUCAUACUGUCAUCAUCAUGUGCCUUUCGCAGCCAUUAGGACAAUGACUUAAGAUUGUAGCACUACUUUACUGUAGUUAGCAGACCUUCAGCUGAAGGGCAGUAAUGAAUAUUCCCUCCUAUAUGUCACAUUUGGACUUGUUUCUUUUUACACUAGUCAUAAUCUAGUCUUCUUUAAUUAGUGGCACAUCAAACAGUACAAGGCUUUUAAGUUAAAUAGUCUGUAGUUUCACGUUUAUACAAGCCGCAGUUUUACACAUAACACACGUUUAAAUGUUCCGAUCCGAAUUGUCAGACAGUCGUGAUUAAUCGGGAAUAAUCGUGACCGUAAUUGUAUACAUCUAAUCGUGAUAGAGAUCAUUUAACAUUCCUAAAUAUUAAAAAAAAAAUUCUCUGUUAAUUGCUGGAAAAUAGAAAGACUAAUGACAGCAACUGUGGAAAAGCUUCAAGAGAAAUAUGCAAACAUUUAUUCAAAUAUUGGCCUCAUAAAGAUGCUGAUUUUCAGAAUGUUCGAAGAAACUUAGAUGUGACAAGGAUGCAUGUGACGCAGGAAUUUUUUUAGAGAUGUAAUUUCUCCAAUGGAUGCCUUGAUUGUAGAUGUGUUACGACUUUAAUGGAGGAUGUGUAGAGAACUUUUGUUAAUUUGGAAAAUAUUUCUCAAUAUUUUUUAAAUUUGUCUUGGAUCUUUUUGACUUACCAUUGUACAUUUAGCUCUAGAGACCAGCUAGCGCCCUCUUAGCAUUAAAUAAAUGCCCCUCAUUUAUACUGUAGUCCUAUUUUCCUCAUGAUAUAAAUGCCAUGGUUUAAACAGUAUUCACUUCUAGUGUUUAAAAUAACAGGAUUCUGCUCUCAUUAUUAGUAAUUUAUAUAUUUACAAAAAUACAUAUUUCCUUGAAUACUGUAGCUUUAUAAUGGCUGGUGUGAGGCAGUUCAACACUCUGUUGAGUCUGUGUUGGGACAAACAGAGCCUCCUGUUGCGUCAUUCUUGUCACGUCAGUGUGGAAUCGUCCAAACUCGCUUUGUGCCGUUUUGUUUUAGAUACAAAUGUGUAGCUCAGGGGCAGUUAAAGAGUAAUAUUUUGACAGAUUUGUUAUGUAGCUGCUAGCCACUUUCCUGUGAUACAAGAAAGCUUUAUUUCCUGAUGCCGUCCAUGUUUGCCUAGCCACAUAACUUUGCCUUAUUAGCUCAGCUAAUGUACGUCAGCCUUAGCAUGGAGUUUAGACACUGAUGUCUAACCCUAACCCUUAAUGAUUUGCAUAGUGACAAUGUGAAUGAAGGAGUUUAUCCUAUGUCUGUAGUCUGGACACACUGUAUGACUGUCUGCUGUUACAGUAACUGUUAGCAUGGAAGGAAAACGACACUGUAAAAGUCUUUUAAAUGCCCUUUUACCAAAUUAUUACACUACUUUAGAGUAAACACUGUUUUUGAUUGUAUUGUUUUCGUUUGAUAAAGGAAAUGAACAUGCUGUUGUGCUUAGUUUGACCAAUAGAUGGAGCCAAAGUCGAAACUGUUUACUUGUCUGUACACAAAUGUAUAAUUUCUAAGAGCGUCAAUCAUUCUGUAUGUCUCUGUUUAGGGCUUGUAAAAAAAUCUGAAUGAAUGUUAGGUUUACUUUUUUAAAUGUUUGUGAAGGAACCCCCCCCUUUUUCACCAAACACUAAAUAAAUGCUAAA